AUGCCCAUCUCGCUCAAUGACAGCUACCAGAACAACAAAACCGAGCUCUUCAACAUGUGGCUUGAUUCAGACUUCAGCUGGUCAGCCUGUGCUUUGGCAGUCGAACGAAAGCACCAGGAGAGCAACGUGGCAAAGAAGGGCUGGAAGGCAAUACAGGGGAAAGAACUCAAGCAGCGCUACACACCAGAAAAGUGGGAGCAGGUAAAGAAUCGACGGUUGGAACAAGGGCUUUACUACAAGGACGAUGAUUUCCCCGAUGAUGAUGAUGAGACAUGGUACUUUGUCAAAGAAGGAGAAGCUCUCACAAACAAGGUGGAGGUCACAGAAUCUAUGAUGUUGGGCGCUAGACUGGACAUGAACGAGGACAUGAGACAAGCCAUUACGAACGAAGAGAAUGGCUUGAUGAAGGCUGGUGCUUUGCCAAAAGUCACUGUGGCCAGCGCCAGUGGAAACAAAGCUCUCAUGGAAGCCAUUGGGGAAAAGGUCAGCGCAGCUCCAAAGAGAAAGCCAAAGCCAAAAGAGGAAGAAAAGACUGAGCCGGUCACCCCCCUUACUUGGGUGGCAAAAGGGAAGACCUCGCUGCCUGAUGUUUUGAAAGCGGCGGCUGAUUGUCGGACUUCAUCCCUCAAGCUUGCUGGCAUGGAGUAUGCCAAGGAGCUGUCGGACAACUUGCUGAAACAAGCUGAGGAAUUGGAGAAACACUACAAGCUGCUUUCAAAGCAUGUCCACGAUGGUGCCGAGAAGGAGGUCAAGCUUGUUUUGGCUACAACUGGAGCCCGGUUGGCCGCUGUGGAGCAAGCGCAGGCUUGGCAUUCUUCUCUAACAUGUCUGUUUGUUCCAAAUUGUUGCCUUCCCCCACCACCUCACCAAAACUACAGCGAGCGCUUGUUCAGCUUCAUUGUUUCCCACGGUUUUCGACGCGGAUGCGCACACACAGCCAACUGUUGA